GUUACCACGGCAGCCUACGUUUCCGAUGAGUUAAAGGCUGCCGCCCUGGUAGACGAAGAUAUAGACCCUGAAGAGAGCACGGCAGAUGGGGAGCCCUCGGCCAAGUACCUGUGCCCGGAGAAGGAGCUCAGCAAGACCUGCCCCAGCUACCAGAACUCCCCGGCGGCUGAGUUCUCCAGCCACGACAUGGACAGUGAGUCACACAUCAGUGAGACCAGUGACCGAAUGGCUGACUUCGAAAGUGGCUCCAUCAAGAACGAAGAGGAGACCAAGGAGGUGGCGGUCGCACUGGAAGACACGACCGUGUCGGAUAGCCUGGAGCAGAUGAAGGCGGUGUACAACAACUUCCUCUCCAACUCCUACUGGUCCAACCUCAACCUCAACCUGCACCAGCCCUCCUCAGAGAAGAACAACGGCAGCAGCAGCAGCAGCAGCAGCAGCAGCAGCAGCUGCGGCAGCGGGAGCUUCGACUGGCACCAGAGCGCCAUGGCCAAGACCCUGCAGCAGGUGUCUCAGAGCCGCGUGCUGCCCGAGCCCAGCCUCUUCAGCACGGUGCAGCUGUACCGGCAGAGCAGCAAGCUCUACGGCUCCAUCUUCACGGGCGCCAGCAAGUUCCGCUGCAAAGACUGCAGCGCCGCCUACGACACGCUGGUGGAGUUGACGGUGCACAUGAACGAAACGGGGCAUUACCGUGACGACAACCACGAGACUGACAACAACAACCCCAAACGCUGGUCCAAGCCCCGCAAGCGCUCCCUGCUGGAGAUGGAGGGGAAGGAAGACGCCCAGAAGGUGUUGAAGUGCAUGUACUGCGGCCACUCGUUCGAGUCCCUCCAGGACUUGAGCGUCCAUAUGAUCAAAACAAAACACUACCAAAAAGUGCCUCUGAAGGAACCCGUCACUCCUGUCGCGGCCAAGAUCAUUCCUGCCGCCAGGAAGAAAGCUUCGCUGGAGCUGGAGCUCCCCAGCUCCCCGGAUUCCACGGGCGGGACCCCCAAAGCUGCCGUGUCGGACACGAACGACGUGCUGCAGAAGAACUCCAACCCUUACAUCACGCCAAAUAACCGGUACGGCCACCAGAACGGGGCCAGCUACGCAUGGCACUUCGAGGCCCGCAAGUCCCAGAUCCUGAAGUGCAUGGAGUGCGGCAGCUCCCACGAUACGCUGCAGGAGCUCACGGCCCACAUGAUGGUGACCGGCCACUUCCUCAAGGUCACUAACUCGGCCAUGAAGAAGGGCAAGCCCAUCGUGGAGACGCCCGUCACGCCCACCAUCACAACUCUGCUCGACGAGAAGGUGCAGUCCGUGCCCCUGGCCGCCACCACCUUCACGUCCCCCUCCAACACGCCCGCAAGCGUCUCCCCAAAACUGACCGUGGAGGUCAAGAAGGAAGUCGACAAGGAGAAGGCAGUCACCGACGAGAAGCCGAAGGAGAAGGAGAAGCCCUGUGAAGAAGAGGAAAAGUACGACAUCUCUUCCAAAUACCACUAUUUGACUGAAAAUGACUUAGAAGAGAGUCCCAAGGGGGGACUAGAUAUCCUAAAGUCCCUAGAAAACACGGUGACGUCCGCCAUCAACAAGGCCCAGAAUGGCACCCCCAGCUGGGGGGGCUACCCCAGCAUCCACGCCGCCUACCAGCUCCCCAACAUGAUGAAGCUAUCCCUGGGCUCGUCGGGGAAGAGCACACCCCUGAAGCCCAUGUUUGGCAACAGCGAGAUUGUGUCUCCCACGAAAAACCAGACUCUGGUCUCUCCCCCCAGCAGCCAGACCUCGCCCAUGCCCAAGACAAACUUCCACGCCAUGGAGGAGCUGGUAAAAAAAGUCACCGAGAAAGUUGCCAAAGUUGAGGAGAAAAUGAAGGAACCAGAGGGCAAGCUCUCUCCCCCGAAGCGGGCCACUCCCUCCCCGUGCAGCAGCGAAGUCAGCGAGCCCAUCAAGAUGGAGGCAUCCAGUGACGGGGGCUUCACACGCCAGGGGGACGGCCCCAGCCCCCAGCGGGAUGGGUGCAAGGAGGGGACCCCGGCGGCAGAGCCCGUGGAGAACGGCAAGGAGCUGGUGAAGCCUGGCACUGGCGGCUUGAGUGGCAGCACCGCCAUCAUCACAGACCACCCGCCAGAACAGCCUUUUGUUAACCCUUUGAGUGCCCUCCAGUCCGUCAUGAACAUUCACCUGGGCAAGGCUGCCAAGCCCUCCCUGCCUGCCCUUGACCCCAUGAGCAUGCUUUUCAAGAUGAGCAAUAGCCUGGCCGAGAAGGCGGCCGUGGCCACGCCCCCGCCCCUCCAGUCCAAGAAGGCGGACCACCUCGACCGCUAUUUCUACCACGUCAACAACGACCAGCCCAUAGACUUGACAAAAGGGAAGAGUGACAAAGGCUGCUCUUUGGGUUCAGUGCUCCUGUCACCCACGUCCACAUCCCCGGCAACCUCCUCAUCCACGGUGACAACGGCGAAGACAUCUGCCGUCGUGUCAUUCAUGUCAAACUCGCCGCUCCGCGAGAAUGCCUUGUCAGAUAUAUCCGAUAUGCUGAAGAACUUGACAGAGAGCCACACGUCCAAGUCCUCCACUCCUUCCAGCAUCUCCGAGAAGUCUGACAUUGACGGCGCCACUCUGGAGGAGGCCGAGGAGGCGACGCCCGCGCAGAAGAGGAAGGGCCGCCAGUCAAACUGGAACCCCCAGCACCUGCUGAUUCUCCAGGCCCAGUUUGCCGCCAGCCUCCGGCAGACCUCUGAAGGCAAGUACAUCAUGUCAGACCUGAGCCCCCAGGAGCGCAUGCACAUCUCGAGGUUCACGGGGCUCUCCAUGACCACCAUCAGCCACUGGCUCGCCAAUGUGAAGUACCAGUUGCGAAGGACAGGUGGAACAAAGUUCCUCAAAAACCUGGACACCGGCCACCCCCUGUUCUUCUGUAACGACUGUGCGUCACAGAUCAGGACUCCUUCCACGUACAUCAGCCACCUGGAGUCACACCUGGGCUUCCGGCUGCGGGACUUGUCCAAACUGCCCACCGAACAGAUUAGCAAUCAAGUAGCACAAACCAAGUCGCCGUCAGAAAAAUUGGCGACGUCCUCCCCUGAGGAGGACCUGGGGACCUCCUACCAGUGCAAACUUUGCAACCGGACCUUUGCAAGCAAGCAUGCGGUUAAACUUCACCUUAGCAAAACACACGGGAAGUCCCCAGAAGACCACCUCCUGUAUGUUUCAGAGCUGGAGAAGCAGUAGCGUUUGCUUUCGGUUAGAACGACUGUCAUUUGCUUUGAGGGAAACUGUUGCAGGCACCUUAAGGCCCCUCUGUCUUGUUCUUGGCACACGUUCUUGUUUUAACUGCAGAGAUCGCUCUGGGCUGGGCUGUUUUGUAUAACUGUACAGUGUUUAAUAGAGGUGCAUAAUCAGCUGUUGUUACUGGUAAAAUAUGAAGGUUAAAACGCAGUGGUAAGUGUUUGGAACUUCGUGUAAAUGGGAUUUAGUUGUGAGCAUCCCUCGAUGCUUCAAGCUGCAUGCAUUAACAGACAGUUUAAUUAAGCAUUUGUAACGAAACCGGGCACACUUUUUCCACACGACUCGGGUGUGCUGGCAUUUCUCACCCUUUCAUCUUUAGCCCUCUGAGUACUUUGAAGCACUUUUGCAUUAAUUUGGUUAAAAAAUAAAAUAAAAUAAUAAUAAUGUAUGAAGCUCUGUUUUUUAAACUCCUUACCAGCUUAGUUAUAAUUAAUAAUAUGAACCUCCAUUUAUGCAGGUCUGCAGGGGUAUAA